AUGCCUGCACGCACCCCGGCUCCAUUUGACCUCGAAUCUCUCCAGUCCGCCCUUCCUAAGAUCUUCGAUCAGGUCCAGAACACCUCUGCCAACCACCAGAAGAACUAUGUCGCGCUCUACAAGCUCCAAAAUGCUGCGGCAGCCGUCCAGACCCCGGUGCAGAACGGCAAGAGCUCUAUGCUGACCGGCGAAAAGGCGUUCCAUGAAGCUUGCCAAGACAUGGUGCUCCGCAUGAUAGAAGUCAAGAAAGGUGCAGGUGUUGCCGACAGAGUUGUCAAGUUCUUGGUCGGCUAUGCUAAGUUCAUCACGGAUAAAAGUGCUAUACUGACGCCGCCGCUAGUGAACGAGGAACGCGCCAAAGUUGAACUCGAUGAAGACGAAGAAACGACUACCGAGCGAUUUCUGUCGUACAUUGUCAAGAACUUCUUACCGGGAUGUACGGCCAAAGACAAGUCCGUCCGCUAUCGCUGCCUGCAGUGCUUAGCCGAGAUUCUCCCCCAUCUCAGCGGCCUCGAUGAGGACCUAUAUGCCAAACUUCGUUCCGCUCUCGUUGGUCGACUAUCGGACAAGGAGUCGAAUGUGCGGGCGCAAGCUGCUGUCGCUCUUGCGAAGCUGUCAUUUAGUGAAGACGUCUCGGAACUGGAGGCGGACGAGACCCCGAUCGUUGAGAUGUUGGUGGACACGAUGACAUAUGACACCUCUGUCGAAGUGCGACGAUCCGCGCUGCAGUCUCUUCCCCUCAGCCCGAGUGUGCUUCCCCACAUUCUCACCCGUACUCGCGACGUCGAUCCAAGCAUACGUAAAGCUGUCUACGCCCACGUUCUGGAGAAGUACUGCACAGUGUCGGAGAAGGCAAUUGGCUUCACCCAUCCCCGUAUCCUCACUGUCGCCCAACGCGAACUCAUCGUCCGCAACGGCCUAGGCGACCGAGAGCCCACCGUGAAGUCUGCCGCCGGGCAACUCCUCGCACACUGGGCGGAGAUCGUGCGGUCGACCGGCACGAAGGAGGAAGAAGAUAUCAAGAAGGAGGUUGGCGGAGAGGAAACUAUCCAAGACCUCCUCGUGUUCCUCGGCCUCUUCGACUUAUCGGAAGGGACCGUUGCGGAGGACGCGUUGAGCAGCAUCUUCGACACUCGAAUGGACAUCUACGAGCGUCUCCAGUUGCCAGAGGACUACUGGGUCAACCCAACUCAACAGCGCGCACUCCUCGGGCGCGUUUUCGUGGAGAAGUGUCGAGAUAAAGAAGGGGACGAUCACUCGAAGAUGGAAGCGCAGUUGCCGCUGACGACAGCCAUGGCGUUCCGCGUUCAAGACGCAUAUAACGUGCUCGUCCAGCACAUCCAGGCGGAGGAAGCGCUCGACGAAGACGAAGAGGACGAGGAGGCACGCGAGAAGCGUGAAGAGCAGCGCACAGAACGCGAGUCUACGAUCGGUGAGCUCCUUCGCGCGGCCGUCAAUUGCGACUAUGGGGACGAGAUCGGCCGGCGCAAGAUGUUCCAGACGGUGCGCGGCAUGCUCGCACAACCCGUCCUACCGGAACCCGUCCUCGCUCGCGCGCUCGAUGUCCUUCGCGAGAUCUGGCCAAAGGAGCAAGACCUCAUCCGAGUCGUCGUCGAGAUCGUUCACGAAUUGCGCGAUCCACCAGAGGACGAGGUUGAGCCGCGGCCAGAUGGCGACGAGAGCAUGACAGAGUUCGGGAGCCCACGUCGGCCUCGUGCUCCCCAACCGGAGCGGAGGGUUGAAGAUAUGUCGCCAGAGGAGAAGCAGCGUGCAGAUGAAAUCGACUCACGGUGCUUGUCACUGUGUGUCGUGAUGCUGGAGCGUGUUAAUAGUACCUUUGAAGAGAAUUCCAUGCUCCAGGGCGUUCUCAAGGAACUCAUCGUCCCUUCCGUUAAGCGAAAGGAGAUGGUCCUCCGCGAGAAAGGCCUCAUUGCACUUGGUCUAUGCUGUCUUAUCGCCAGGAACAUGGCCCUUAGCUCUUUCCAACUCUUCCUCGGUCAAGUGGCCUCCUCCCCUGAAGUCUUGAAAUACCGCGUCCUGCAGAUCAUCUUCGACAUCCUCAUGGUCCACGAGGACGCCUUUUUCAGCGAGACUAGCGGGAACAGGGACAACGUUAUCCAGUUCCUCCUGCAGCUUAUGGAGAAAGAGGACUCGGACCGCAUUCAAGCUUUGAUCGCCAUGGGGCUGUCGAAGCUGAUGCUUUCGGGCAUGAUCGCGGACGAACGUGUGCUCCAGACACUUGUUCUCGUCUUCAUCUCACCGGAGACUGUCGAUAACCAGGAGCUGCGGCAGUGCUUGUCUUACUUCUUCCCCGUGUAUUCGUACUCCAGUGUUGCCAAUCAGCGUCGUAUGCGUGACGUUUUUGUUCCCACCUUCCUCCGCAUUGCCGAGGUAUAUCACAACUGGGAGGGCGAAGAUCCAAUGAUCACGCCAGCCCAAGUCUCUCUGAUGUUCGCAGACUGGACUCAUCCAGUGCAUGCAAAAGACGCAAUUGGAGGCAAACACCGUGAAGACGCUGAAAAGGAUCCUAUCCAGCUAGAACUCGCUGCGGACAUCGUCCGUGAGCUGUUCAGCGCCGACAUGGAGAAGGAGGACAAGAAGGCGCUCUGUCAGAUGCUCGGCAAGCUCCACUUGCCCGACGAGAUCGAUGAUGACAAAAUCCGAGCCCUCAAAGUCCUGGUCUCCAACCUUCGCACUCGCCGCCCGCCACGGGACACCACGUCGAAGAACGCACUAGCCAAGUUCGACGCCUCGCUGGCGAAGAAGUACGAGAAGCAACUCGAAGACUUCAGCGAGGACGACUUGCGGAAGCUCGAGGAACUCAAGGACAUGUUCGAGUUCCUCGACGACAUCAUCCCGCUCGAUUCGGACGAGGAUGAACCACCGAAGAAGGGCAGGAAGCGGCGCUCCAUGAGCGUGGCGACGACUAUCACUGCGACUACUAGUACGACUUCCCGUUCUCCAUCGCCCAAGACGAAGUCGAAGUAA